UGCGCGUCCCCGGCCCCGCGCCAGACGCCGCCGGCUGCUGACCGUCCCGCCGCGCUGCCCCCUCGCCCCGCGCCCCCGCCGCCGCCGCCGCCGCCGCCAUGCCCGGAGGGCUCCUGCUCGGGGACGAGGCGCCCAACUUCGAGGCCAACACGACCGUGGGCCGGAUCCGCUUCCACGACUACCUGGGGGACUCAUGGGGCAUUCUCUUCUCCCACCCGCGGGACUUCACCCCCGUGUGCACCACGGAGCUGGGCAGAGCUGCCAAGCUGGCCCCCGAGUUUGCCAAGAGGAACGUGAAGCUGAUCGCCCUGUCCAUUGACAGCGUGGAAGACCAUCUCGCCUGGAGCAAGGACAUCAACGCUUACAACUGCGACGAGCCCACCGAGAAGUUGCCUUUCCCCAUCAUUGACGAUAAGAACCGGGAGCUGGCCAUCCAGCUGGGCAUGCUGGACCCGGCGGAGAAGGACGAGAAGGGCAUGCCCGUGACCGCGCGUGUGGUGUUCGUCUUCGGUCCUGACAAGAAACUGAAGCUCUCCAUCCUCUACCCGGCCACCACCGGCAGGAACUUCGAUGAGAUUCUGCGAGUGGUGGCGUCCCUACAGCUGACCGCCGAGAAGAGGGUGGCCACCCCAGUAGACUGGAAGAUGGGAGACAGCGUCAUGGUCCUUCCGACCAUCCCCGAAGAGGAAGCCAAGAAGCUCUUCCCCAAGGGCGUCUUCACCAAAGAGCUGCCCUCGGGCAAGAAGUACCUGCGCUACACGCCGCAGCCCUAGGCCCCGGCUCUGGGUGGGCUCUCCUGGACUCUUGAUUCGUGCCUUCACCAGCCUUCCGUCAUGUCCCCGCUGCUGGCUCCCUGCCGGGGGUCCCCUCUGCAUGGGGUCUGCUCUCGGCAGCGGGGGAAGCCGCGCCGCCCCGGCAUACACUCACUCUCGGGACUUUGGGGGUCUUGUUCCCUUUCGCUUUUCUAAUCAGAUCCUCUCUCCAGCCCCCCCGCCCCGUUGCGGGAGCCACCGUAGUUGAGCUGCUAAUGUCCACGUUAUUAAUCCAAGCCCACGUAUUAAUUCAGUCCUUCCCGUCGUGGCGUCUGGUCAGCCAGGAGAAGGAAAACUGCACUGUGCUACACCAGCAGAUGCGGCCGGGGCUGUGUGUUCUGUGGGGAGGUGGGUCCAAGGGUCUUUCUCUAAAGAAACUGUUUCCGUGAAGUGCCAUCGAGGGGGAGAAGACCGCCGAGGCCUCCGUGGCCUGCUGGGAAGGCGUGCCCCGGGUGUGGACAGCCACGCGGGCGGGCGGGGGACAGGAGGAUCGAAGACACUGUACUGGUAUGCUUUUUUCUGAGCUCGGCUGUUUUGGAGAUCCGUAAAUAAAUCCUUUGGUGAGAUUGGAA